GGGGCCUGGCGGCGCUGAUGUUCGCGGACCUCCUGCAGACCCUCAUCAUCGUCGUGGGGGCCUCCGUACUGGCCGGAUACGCGCUGACCGCCGUGGGGGGCUACGAGGGGCUGCUGGAGCGCUACCCCCUGGCCCUGCCCCCCAACGCCACGGGGCCCUGCGGGAGGCCCCGCCCCGACGCCUUCCACCUCCUGCGCCACCCCAGUACGGGCGACCUGCCCUGGCCCGGCCUCAUACUGGGACUGGGAAUCAUCUCCGCCUGGUACUGGUGCACCGACCAGGUGAUCGUGCAGCGCUGCCUGGCCGGCCGCUCCCUGACCCACGUGCGGGCCGGCUGCGUCGUGUGCGGGUACCUCAAAGUGCUGCCCAUGUUCCUCAUGGUCCUGCCCGGCAUGGCCGCCCGCGUCCUCUUCCCGGGUCAGACCCUCCCCUACCCUUCCCUCCCCACCCCAGGCCUCGGGGUCCCACCCCCCGAGGUCAAAAUCGGCCUCCUCGAGGCGGUUGUACAACUGGAGGUGGCCGGGCUGCGGGGGCUGAUGCUGGCGGUGGUCCUGGCGGCGCUGAUGUCCUCCCUCGCCUCCAUCUUCGCCAGCUCCGCCGCCCUCUUCACCUUCGACGUCUACCAGAGGCUCCGCCCACGGGCGGGGCCGCGACACCUGCUCGUCGUCGGCAGGGUGUGGGUGGUGGCGAUGGUGGGGCUGAGCCUGGCGUGGCUGCCGGUGGUGGAGGCGGCGCGGGGGGGGCAGCUCUUCGAUUACAUCCAGGCCAUGGCCAGUUACCUGGCCCCGCCCGUCGCCGCCGUCUUCGUCCUCGCCGUCUUCGUCCCCCGCGUCAACGAGCCCGGCGCUUUUUGGGGGCUGCUGGGGGGGCUGGCGCUGGGCCUGGCGCGGCUGAUCCCGGAGGUGGCUCUGGGGGGGGGUGGGGGAGGUGGGGAGGGGUCUCAGGGUGGGGGAGGGGCGUCCUGCGACCCCCCGGGGCGCUGCCCACGCGCGCUCUGCGGCCUCCACUACCUGCACUUCGCCGCCCUCCUCUUCCUCGCCACGGCCGCCAUCGCCGCGGGGGUCUCGCUCUGCCACCCCCCCAUCCCCAAAAAACACGUGAGUGGCA